AGAGACCCGACUGUUGCAGCGCACUUGAGUGUGAAGCCAGAAACAGCUCUACGGCCUGGAAAGAGGAAUUCACGGUGAGGAGGGGCUCUACACGCAUUUGUGUACAGCUGGAGCUUCGGCCAUGGAGAAACCUGAGGAAUCCCACCCCGAGGAGGAAUCGUGGAAGUGUGGUGACUGCGGGAAAGGCUUCCGUGCUCCAUCUGCCCUGGAGAUUCAUCGGCGCAGUCACACCGGAGAGAGGCCAUUCAUCUGCCCCAAGUGUGGGAAGGCCUUCAGCAAUUCCUCUGCCCUUAUGAGGCACCGGUGGGUCCACACAGGGGAGAGGCCCUUCAGCUGCCCCGAUUGUGGGAAGGACUUCAGUUAUUCUUCUGACCUGCAGACCCACCGACGGGUCCACACGGGGGAGAGGCCGUUCUCCUGCACUGUGUGUGGGAAGGCCUUCAGCACCUCCUCCACCCUCCUGACCCACUGGCGGGUCCACACUGGGGAGAGGCCAUUCACUUGUUCCGAAUGCAGGAAGGGAUUCACUCAGGAGGGCAAUUUCAGCUGCCCCGAGUGUGGGAAGGCCUUCAACGAUUCCUCUUCCCUUCAGACCCACAAGUGGGUCCACACACAGGAGAGGCCGUUCCCCUGCACAGAGUGCGGCAAGCUCUUCAGCAAUUCCUCCACCCUGCUGAAGCACCAGCGGGUCCACACAGGGGAGAGGCCCUUCAGCUGCCCCGAGUGUGGGAAGGGCUUUACCCAGAUGUCCGUCCUGCUGAUCCACCAGCGGAUCCACAUCGGUGAGAAGCCUUUCUGCUGCCCUGAGUGUGGGAAGGGAUUCACUCAGAAGGGCAACUUGCGCACGCACCAGCGGGUCCACACCGGGGAGAGGCCCUUCAGCUGCCCCGAGUGCGGAAAUGCCUUCAGCGAUUCCUCCACCCUACUGAAGCACCAACGGGUCCACACAGGGAAGAAGCCAUUCCCCUGCCCCGAGUGUGGGAAGGCCUUUAGCAAUUCCUCCGACCUGCUGAAGCACCAGCGUGUCCACGAAGACAUGGGGAAGAAAUCUGAAACCAAAAGACACAUCAACUUCUGGCAGAGCCACUUGAUUCACUGGGACUUUAAUAUCAGCAGCCAUUCACAUCGAGAAGACAUGUUUGCUUUUGUUUGCUUGAAAAUUUUGGACACUGGGAAGGAAACUGCUGUUGUGGGAAAGGAAUCACUCAGUCAUCCCAGCUGCAGGCUUUACCUGGUCUGGUCUACAAGUGACUCCAGACCCACAGCAGCCUGGUUGACUCUCGACAGCCCCUCGGCAAAUGAGCGGGGAGAAUCUUACUUGGAGACAAGGUGGAAAAAGUGCUUCAAACCAUUUCCUCAGCUUGGGGGAAUCAAAAUCACACCCCUCACGGUGGGGACAGACUGUGUACCAGUUCUGUUUGUAAUUUCAAACCCAGGUGACACAAGGAAUACACUCCCCAUGGGGAAACCGUGGAAAUGUGGGGACUGUGGGAAAGGAUUCCCUUCCCCCUCAGUGCUGGAAAUUCACAGACGUGUUCACAGCGGGGAGAAGCCGUUCAUCUGCUCAGUGUGUGGGAAGGGAUUCACAAAUUCUUCCAACCUGCGGGCGCACCAGUGGGUCCACACGGGAGAGAAGCCCUUCACCUGCUUGGUGUGCAGGAAGGGGUUCACGCAUUCAUCUGCACUGCUGACCCACCAGCGGGUCCACACUGGGGAGAGGCCGUUCGGUUGCUCAGAGUGCGGGAAGGCUUUCCGUCGUGUGAGCAACUUGAGGAAGCACGAGCGGGUCCACAUGGGGGAAAGGCCAUUCACCUGCCCCGAGUGUGGGAAGGGAUUCAUUGAUUCUUCCAGCUUGCUGAACCACCAGCGGAUCCACACAGGGGAAAGGCCAUUCACCUGCUCUGUGUGCGGGAAAGGAUUCAAUCAUAUGAGCAAUUUGCGGCAGCAUAAGCGGGUCCACACUGGGGAGAGGCCAUUCACCUGCCCCGAGUGUGGGAAGGGAUUUACCAACUCUUCCCACCUGCUGACCCACCAGCGGAUCCACACUGGGGAGAGGCCAUUCACCUGCUCCAAGUGCAGGAAGGGCUUCACCUGCUCCUCUGACCUCCAGAGACAUCAACGAGUUCACGUGCCAUCACAGGGAAAUUGAAGGAGUGACAGAUAAGUACCAUUUUUGACUAGACUAUCAACCCCGUUCUGGGGUCUCCCAGGUUUGAAUCCCACCGUGGUAGAUGGUGCAAUUGAAAUCUGGAGUUCAGAAUCAAAUGAUGAAACCAUUUUCAGGGGAAGAAAAACCCCACCUUAUUCACUCAUGUCCUUUUUUAGAGAAUGAAGCUAUCUUUGCAGGAAAGGAAUCACUCAGUUAUUCCAGCUGCAUCCUUUACCUGGUCUGGCCUACCCCUGACUCCAGACCCACAGCAGUGUGGUUGACUCUUGAUUGCAUCCCCCUCCUGUAUAUGAGCUGGAGAAACUAACUUGUAUACAGGGUGUAGGCUGAAACUGCUGAGUGAGGCAAUACUUCCUCCAGAUGAAGGCUGUACCAAGGAUCCAGUUCCAAAGGGAUAAUUUGGUGCUGACCAAUAGUAAAGAAAGUGGGGGAUGGGGAGUGUGUGCACUUUGACCUUGAGCUUUUUAUUUAAAAAACGCUACUUUUCGUGCACUUUUUUUUUCUGGGAAAAAUUGAAACUGUAAUGAAGCAGGGUUGUAAUAAA